GUAAGUCUGUGGGUUUUACCUUAAACGUUCCAGUGUUGAUAUUCGCGCGUUUGAAGGCCGUCCGAUGUACAUUCAUUUGGUUCUGUACUAGUACACUCACCGUUGUUGAUCGCCAUUGCUGUUUCGCGUCUACGAUACAGCAACCUCAACUUCGCAUCAAGUCUAUUUUCAAUUUUGAUUGCGUGUAGUCUAUCUCGCGUGUUUGCUUCGUUAUAUAACGCUCUAGUGCUUCUUUUCGAUGUUCUGACUUCUACCUACGCCCCAGUUUGUCUAUAAAGAUGGCCACCAGCGUAGCCGAACCAGUCAAUCCUGCCCCUCGUGGUAGGCGUCCUGAAAGGGGUGACCGCCCAGAGCGCGGUCAACGUGGUGAGCGUGGAGAACGCCGCCCACCCCGUCCACUCCGCCCGGAAGAGAUCCCUUUGAAGAAGCAAAUUGACGAGGAAUCACGUGAGAUUACACGUCUUCAUGAGAAAUUGAAUGCUUUGAACAAGCAAAUUGAUGACAACCGUCGUGAGAAUGAAGGUGGUGAGAAGGGUGCUAUUAAGGGACGCUUGGACGAUUUGCAGUUGCGUAUCAAUGACUUGGAAGCACAGCGAUCUAGGUGUUUAACUGUCAUCGACAACCAUCAGAAGGAGGCCCGUGAGAAGACAAAAGCACUUAAUGAAAUGCGCCAGGGUGUUGGAUUCAAGAGUGAGGCCGAAAUCGAGCGCCUGAUGCAGCAGCUUGAGGUUCGUAUGGAGACCACUUCUAUGACCCUAAAGGAGGAGAAGAACAUGAUGCAGCAAUUACAGCAGUUGCGUCAGGCCAAGACUUCCCUCGAGAUGUUCGAAAACUCCCGCCAGGCAGCUACUGGUGAUAACGUUGUUGCUAACAUGAAAACCCAGUUGGAUGAACUCAGGAACCAGAUGAAUGAGUUGCGUAAGAUUAGACGUGAGGAGGCACAGCGCCUUUCAGUACUCAAUGAAAGUGACCGCAAGCACUUUGAUGGUUUAAGGGAAUUGCGGGACCAACGAAAGGUUAUUUCAACCGAACUUAAGGAACGCAACGCAAACAAAACCAGGCUUAUUGAGCAGUUGAACGAGCUGAACAACGCAUACUAUGCCAAACAACGUCAGCUUCAACAGCAGCGCCAGAAGAAGCAGCAGGAGGAGCGUGAACGUCGCAAUCUUGAGCAGGAAAUUAAGCAGAUGCGUACUCAGUUGGACAACUUGACAUUCUUGCCAUACGAAAAAGAAAUUCGUCUUCUAGACCAAGUUAUUGGUUAUGUAACGCGUUUGAAUACUCAGGAUAACGUUGAAGUCGACAAGGUGGAAGAGGCUCCUGUGGCCCAGCCAUCAGGAACCAAUCAGGGAACUCGCGUGAUCCCAAAGAAAGGGCGUGAUGAGUACUUUAUUCCACCGAAACAAAAGUCUAAAAGCAAAGCUCCCCGUGAAAAGACUAAGAGUGUUGGGAUUAAGUUGGACAUGGUAACCAUCGGUUACUUCGAAUCAUGCGGUGUUGCACCACCCACAUCAAUGGAAUCCAUACCCGAAUGCUUGCAAAAGCUGGAGGAAAAGUUACGCCAUUUCCACGAAUUGCGUAAGGACUGUGAUAUUGAUGCCAUGCGUGCUUCCCAGGAACAAAAACUGGCCAACGCUGAGAAGCGCUUAGAAGAGCUUAUGGCUCAGCGCAACUCCUCCAAGGUCGGGGAGAACUCAGAAGUAGUAGAUGAAGCUCAGAAGGUGGUAGAAUCUGGGAAAGAAGCUGUUGAAGAAGUACAAGAAGCAGGAGACGAGGAAUGAGUCGAAUCAAGAUAAAAUAACGC